AUGGUGGAAGCACCGAGUUUUCGGAUGAUAUGUGUAGCUGUGAUAACUUCAAUUGCUGGAUCUUUUCACUUUGGAUUCAAUUUGGUUCUAACUAAUCCUUCACAAGAAGCAUUUUUGAGUUUUAUGAAUCAAACUUUAGCAAAACGAUUCGAUGGUGGCUUAUCAGAUAACACUUUACAGAAUAUUUGGAGUUUCGUCGUAGCUAUCCUGUUCUUGGGAGCACUUGCUGGCUCCUUUUGUAUCAGAUUUAUUGCGGAUUGGGUUGGUAGGAAAAAUGGAUUGUACAUUUCUAUUGCGGCUGGAGUUUUGGGUGGUGGUAUGGCGAUUGCAUCGAAAUUUAUUCCACUCUUCGAACUCUACAUUGUUUCGAGAAUUGUAAUGGGUUGGUCGGUAUCUGUCAGUCUAGGUCUCUCCGCAUUAUUUCUCUCGGAAGCAAGUCCAAAACAAAAUAGAGGAGCGGUGGGAAUGAUGACAGGAACUUGUGUUCAACUGGGAACUGUUUGUGGAUCUGUUGUCGCCAUGCCACAGAUUUUUGGAACUGACGAUUUAUGGUGGUGCAUCUAUGCAACUGAAAUCGGGAUAAUGCUAUGUUUCGGCGCGGCUCUCCCAUUUUUCCCGGAAUCUCCAGGAUUUUUGAUUCAAAGAGGAGCUACCGAAGCGGCCACAAAGUCUAUCGCGUAUUACUAUAACUGUGAAGAAGUUGAAGCUCAGAAACAUUUGAAUGAGAUCAAGGAGGAGCAGAAGAACUCAACAAGAAAGUUUAAAAUGAUGGAUGUAGUCAUAAAGAGAUCCCUUCGUGACAAAGCAUUCAUCGGAGUCGUUGUGACCUUUGCGAUGUCAUUCAGUGGAGUUGCCGUCAUUAAUGCUUUUGCAUUUGAAAUUUUGAAAGAUACAGGACUAGAUGUCCUAGAAGCCUCGCUAGCUAAUGAUGCUAUUUCUGUAGUGAGCAUGAUUUCGUCAAUUAUUGCUGCUGUAAUUGUGGAUAGAAAUGGUCGUCGUCCUCUACUUCUGAUUUCCUUUGCUGGAAUUCUUUUCUGUAACCUGAUAAUUUUCGGAUUAAUGUUUACUUUCUAUCAAUAUGGAUACCAUGUUCUGGGAUUCAUUCUGAUAUGUUUCAUCUGCAUCUUCACAUUUUUCUUUGCUCUUGGACCUGGUCCACUUUGCUAUUUUAUUAAUGCGGAGCUUGUCGGACAAGCAGCUCGAAGUGCUGCACAAUCUUGGGCGAGUGUUAUUCAAAUGCUUUCACGAUUUGUUAUUGUUACUGCAUUCCUUCCGAUGAAAAAUCAGCUGGGAGAAGCGUGGUCCUACUUGAUUCUUUUUGUGGCUCCUGUUGCAGUUUCACUGGUUUAUCUUUAUUUCUCUCUACCUGAAACUAAAAAUAAGAAUCCGUUUGAGGUGGAAGAAGCUAUCGAAGACCUGCCUAAAUUUCCGCUUUGUGGAGGAAGUCGUCGUGUUUAUGACAGAAAACAAUCCGAGCAAAUGGUCAUAACUCGACAAAUGCAGUUGGUUGAGGAUUAUGGAUCAAUUGAAUCUUUAUCAUAUCGCCUUUAG